GGGGUGAGAGGUGAGGCGGCCAUCUUGUUCUGGGCCGGUGGGGGCCUCCCAGCGGGUAAACAUGGCGUCUUUUACCGAACCGGCCCUGGAAAAGAAGCUGUCGGAGCUGAGCAACUCGCAGCAGAGUGUCCAGACGCUGUCGCUGUGGCUGAUCCACCACCGAAAGCACGCUGCGUCUAUUGUGACGGUGUGGCAGCGGGAGCUCCGGAAAGCCAAGUCAAGCCGGAAGCUGACUUUCUUGUACUUGGCCAAUGAUGUUAUUCAGAACAGCAAACGAAAAGGACCAGAAUUCACCCGCGAGUUUGAAAAUGUGCUCUUGGAUGCCUUCUCGCAUGUGUCCAGCGAGGCAGAGGAUGGGUGCCGGAAGCCUUUGGAAAGGUUGCUGCAUAUCUGGCAGGAACGCAGCGUUUACUCGGCUGAUUUUAUCCAACAGCUCCGACUGUCAAUCGAAAAUGAUGAGAGCCCCAGGGAAACACCAGUUAACGAAGAGAAAUCACUGAAACGCACCUUCCAGCAAAUACAAGAGGAAGAUGAUGAUUAUCCAGGCAACUACUCCCCUCGGGAUACUUCUGCCGGACCCCUUUUGACCGAAGAUUUGAUCAAAGCUCUGCAAGAUCUAGAGAAUGCAGCGUCCGGAGAUGCCGCCGUCAGGCAGAAGAUUGCAUCGCUCCCACAGGAGGUGCAAGAUGUCUCCUUGUUGGAAAAAAUCACAGAUAAGGAGGCGGCAGAGCGUCUAUCCAAGACCGUGGACGAGGCUUGCAUAUUACUAGCUGAAUACAAUGGGCGGCUAGCAGCAGAACUGGAUGAUCGCAGGCAGUUAGCAAAGAUGCUGAUGGAGUAUACACAGGCUCAGAAGGAAACUCUCAGCAACAAGGAGAAGAAGCUUGAGGAAUACAAGCAAAAACUAGCACGGGUAACGCAAGUUCGGAAAGAACUGAAAUCGCACAUACAGAGCCUCCCAGACCUGUCGCUGCUUCCGAAUGUAACCGGGGGGCUGGCGCCGCUCCCCUCUGCUGGAGACCUUUUCUCUACCGAAUGAGAGCGACGACUUCCCUCCCUACAGCGCCGCUCCACUCUCUCCUAGAAGUUCCACUAGACACCAGCAAAGAGGAGAUUGUAGAGCCAAGCCAGACUGGAACCCCUAUUCCUUGCUGUGUGGAUUGCGUGAUGCCACUGCUGAGUGCAGUCUAGAAGCUUAGACGUAACAGUCGCAGUGCCCUCCCUCUGUAGUGCCCAGCGCUGACGGACGCCAUUGCGCAGAGUGGCUUUAGCCUUCCUAGACCUCUGUUCUUUUUGGUUUUUUUUAAGACUUGUUUAUAAAUAGUGCAAAUGAAUUCUUCUCUCUCCAAUCAGCUUUCUCCGGCGGCUUUGACUCUCUCCCCCGGUUGCUUUUUAACACAUACAGUAAACGAGUGAUUUUGUUUUCAGCACUGAUGGUUUCCUUGUAAUGUGCUGCAGGAACCAAACACAAUAUAGAGUCAUUUCAGUACCA